AUGGAGAAUGGGACACUCAAGAAUCAUCUAUAUGGCUCAAGUCAUCCAGGCUUGAGUUGGAGACAGAGGCUCGAGAUAAGCAUUGGAUCAGCCAAAGGACUUCACUAUCUUCAUAUCGGUUCAACAAAGUCAGUAAUUCACCGGGAUGUCAAGUCUGCUAACAUACUACUCGACAAGAAUUUCAUGGCUAAAGUUGCUGAUUUCGGUCUAUCAAAGACCGGUCCAGAUAUUGAUCGGACACAUGUGAGUACGGCGGUGAAAGGAAGCUUUGGAUAUCUCGACCCGCAAUACUUGACAACGCAAAAACUAACAGAGAAAUCAGAUGUUUACUCCUUCGGUGUAGUUUUGCUUGAAGUCCUUUGUGGAAGGCCAGUUAUCGAUCCAUCCCUUCCGAGAGAAAAGGUGAAUUUAGUCGACUGGGCAUUGAAAUCUCGCUGCAAUGGGAGAUUGGAAGACAUUGUAGAUCCUAGUGUUGUUGGUGAAAUAAAAAAAGAGUCUUUAAACAAGUCUUGGGAGAUAACUGAGAAAUGUUUGGGGAAAUAUGGAAUUUAUAGGCCUUCAAUGGGAGAUGUCCUAUGGAACUUGGAGUCUGCACUUCAACUUCAAGGGAAUGAAACAAAAACCAAUCACAAUGGUGAGCUUUCUUCCGAAAUCAGCCAUGGCGGGCACUCGGAAACAAGCUUAGAGUUCAGCCGAACCGGUAGCGUAGGCGAACUUGCUGGUGUUUCAAUGACUACAGUUUUGCUCAACUGUUGA